AUGUCUUUAGAAAGUUAAAUAAAUAUAUAACCAUCUAAGUUUAUGUAAAAGCUCAUGGACCCUACAAUUUUUUAAAUGGUACUUCCUCUGACUCAAAAAUAUAAAGCAAUUAACUUGGCUUCUGGUUUUCCUGAUUGGGAAACACCUGAAUUUUUAUGUAAUGCAGUUACUGAAGCUUUUAGACUACCUGAACAUCAAUAUGCCCCUGUUGGUGGUCAUCCUACUCUUAUUUAAAAGCUUUGUGAAAGAUAUUCAAAGUCUUUAAAUAGAGAUAUUAUUCCUCAAAAUGUAUCUAUUGGUUUAGGUGCUAGUGGGGUUAUUUUUGAUAUUUAUUCUGCCUUUUUAAAUGAAGGAGAUGAAUUAAUUGUUUUUGAGCCAUUUUUUGAGUAAUAUUCUAAAGCAGCUAAACUGUUAGGUGUAAAUGUCAAAGCUUGCAGUUUGAUUGAACCCGAAGAUUUUGAAAACGGAGAAUGGCAAAUUGAUUUUGAUCAAUUCGAAAAUUUGAUUGAUUAGAAGACUAGAAUAGUAAUCUUAAAUUCUCCCCAUAACCCUACAGGCAAAGUAUUCACUAGAGAGGAGUAUCAAAAGAUAGCUAACAUAGUUAAAAAAUAUCCUAAAGUGCUUGUUAUUGCUGAUGAUAUUUAUGAAAUUUUAGUUUAUGAUAAAAAAGAAUUCCCUAGAUUUGUAGAUAUUCCUGGCAUGUUUGAAAGGACCUUAUAAGUUUUCUCAUUAGGAAAAUUAUUUAGUUGCACUGGAUGGAGAAUUGGUUUUUGUAUUGGACAUGAGGAAUUAAUAAAAAUAGUUCGUGCUACUCAUUCUAUAAUUACUUAUAAUGUCCACAGACCUGUUUAAAUUGGAUUUGCAAAAGCGUUAGAUGAAGCUAAGUCUAAGUAUAUGGGAACUGAUGAUAAUUAUGAAGAAAAUAUGGUCAACUAUAUUUAUUUCGACACCUAUACUCUAAAAUUUGGUGAAUGGCGUUUACUUGUUUCUACUUAUUUAAUUAAAAAUAAAAUUCCUAAACAAUUUUUGAGCUUCUAUUAAUUAUUAUAAAUGAUUGAUUUUUUAAGCAAAUCUUAAUCGAGCUGCAGCUCUAAACAAAAAAAGAAAGGAUUUUUAAGCAACGAUUAUACGUUAUACUCUGCAACAAAUAGAAUAUAAAGCCCAAUGUGCUUGAAUACUCCUAAAUCCACAUUUUUAGGAUAAGAUACUUUAGAUAAGUAGAAGUUAAGAUCAUCAUCAAGAUAAAAUGAAUAAACUUUAAUUAAAAAUAUCUUUGAUAUUCCAAAUAAGUGCUAAUCCUCAAAAUCAUUUAUAAAUCCAUCUUAGCAUAAAGAAUAGCAGCUUGAUAAAACUAUAUUCUUGGCAGCUGAAUAAGAAAAUGAUUAAAAAAUAAAAAUCUUUAAGCAACCAUCUUCGAAGAGUCUUUCGAUUUAAAAAUAUAAAGAAUUAAUUUCAAAUGCAUCUCAUUCCACUAUGCAUCUACCUGCAUUAAGGAUAGGUUAGCAAAAAAUAUCUGAAUUUUCUCAUUAAAGUCUUGAUAAAACAAUUAAAGAUGGAUUCACUUCAUUUAGUUAGAUCAAAAUACAAAAUUAAGAUUACUUAAUUAAUCUUCAUCAAAAGAGGUAAAGCAUAAACAAUAUUCUAGAUAUUUAGGAUUUAGAAAACGAAAGAUCGAUUUAAAAGUAAAGAUCGCUCCAAAAAAAUAGAAGAGUAGAUUACAAAUAUGACAAUAUUGAAUACGUUUAGCUUGAAUUAGAGCAUAAUAAAGCAAUGUAAAGUACUUUUAUAUCCAACAAUGAGCAAUCGCUGAUAAAGAAAAACAAAGAGACUUUCUUAAAUUUAAUAUAAAGAGAAUAAAAAAUAUCAAAAAUGCCCACAAUCAGAAAGUAUCCAAUGCAGAGAAAGAAACAAAUACAAAAUAUAUAAAAUUAAUAAGAUUAUAAUAAUGAUGCACAGCACCAACAAGAAUAAAAGAAAUAUCAUCACGAAGGAAUGAAGGAUCAAGAAUAAAUUUAUAAAAUUUACAUUUACACUAUACCAUAAAAUGAUUGGAAACCUAGUGUUAGAGAAGGAGCUACAAUUGUUGCAGAUAAAAAUAAGGCAUAUCUUUUCGGAGGAUUAGGUUAGGACAUCUUUAACUAAGUGGAGGUUUUAGAUCUAGAAUAAAAUUUAAAAUGGCACACAUUAGACCACAAUUCUACUAAAAAUAAUACUCCAGUUGUAAGAUUUGGACAUUCCAUGCAUUAUUAUAAAGGUUCUCUAAUUGUUUUUGGAGGAGAAACCCAUUUUAAUACAAAUUUUAAGUAGAAGUAGUGUCUUUGUGAUAUAUUUGCUCUUAGCAUCGAUUAAAAGAAAUGGGCUUAGAUAAAUGUUACAGGAGAUAUUCCAUAAGGUAGAAGAGGUCAUGCCUCUUGUAUAGUUGGUAGAUGGUUGAUUAUACACGGUGGAAGUAAUUUUAGAGAUUUUACUCUUUCUGAUGUAUGGGCAUUUGAUUUAGGUAUUUUAAAUCUUUAAUGGUUUUUAAAAAUUAUUUUGAUUUGA